UUGAGAAUAAGUCAUAUUUUCCCAAAUUUCAAAUAAAUAAAAAUGAAUUCAAAUAAAUUCUCCAAUUUGAAAAAUUUUUUGCUUCAAUUUUGACAUUAUCUUAAGCAAUUACUUCUCUAGAAAAUAGAUAAUCGUGUUAGACGCACUUUUCUCAUAAUUAAGCCUAUUUAACGUAAAUAGAAUAUUCAAGUUUAUAAAGAUACACAGAUAUCCAUGAAUGAAUUUCAAUUCCAAAAAAAUGUCCACAGGAUUAUUUCAACCGACAGCGAUGUCACCCCACGUGAAGGUCAGCAGACUUGAGAGCGGCUACAUCGAGCUCACUCGGAGGAGGGGCCAAAGCCGGUCACCGUAGCGGUUAAACGUUUCUGCAAGAAGGCUGACAAGUUUCCACAACCAUGAAUCUCUUAAAUAUGGACGCGGAGAACCGUGUGGUUCUAAACGUGGGGGGAAUUCGUCACGAAACCUACAAGGCCACCCUAAAGAAGAUCCCCGCGACGCGCCUCUCUCGGCUAACAGAGGCGCUCGCCAACUACGACCCGGUGCUCAACGAGUACUUCUUCGAUAGACACCCCGGGGUCUUCGCACAAGUCCUCAACUAUUACAGGACUGGCAAGUUACAUUAUCCCACCGACGUCUGUGGACCGCUGUUUGAAGAAGAGCUGGAGUUCUGGGGCCUGGACGCGAAUCAGGUGGAGCCUUGCUGCUGGAUGACCUAUACACAGCAUCGAGAUACACAAGAGACUCUGGCUGUGCUGGAUCGCUUAGACCUCGAUACCGAGAAACCUUCAGAUGAGGAGGUGGCAAGGAAAUUUGGCUUUGAGGAAGAUUACUACAACGGCACGGUCUCGUGGUGGCAGCAACUUAAACCCCAAAUGUGGUCAUUGUUCGAUGAGCCAUACAGCUCUAAUGCUGCGAAGAUAAUAGGAGUGAUAUCAGUAUUUUUUAUAUGCGUAUCUAUAAUAUCAUUCUGCCUGAAAACACAUCCAGAUAUGAGAGUACCAGUUAUAAGAAACUACACUGUCACUACUGCUAACCAGACGCAAAGUUGGGCGUUAGAUAAAGUCCAAACUAAUGCUCACAUAGCGUUCUUUUACAUCGAGUGCGUCUGUAAUGCGUGGUUCACUCUAGAGAUCCUCGUUAGAUUUAUAUCGUCGCCCAACAAGUGCGAGUUUGUGAAAUCUUCCGUUAACAUUAUUGACUACAUUGCCACCAUGAGCUUCUACAUCGAUCUCAUUCUCCAGAAAUACGCCUCCCACGUCGAGAAUGCAGACAUCCUAGAGUUCUUCUCCAUAAUUAGGAUUAUGAGGCUAUUCAAGCUCACUAGACAUUCUUCGGGUCUAAAGAUUUUGAUCCAAACAUUCAGAGCAUCUGCCAAAGAAUUGACAUUAUUGGUGUUUUUCUUAGUGUUGGGUAUUGUGAUUUUCGCAAGUUUGGUGUAUUACGCAGAAAGAAUACAAACAAAUCCCCACAAUGACUUUAAUAGUAUCCCUCUGGGGCUUUGGUGGGCGUUGGUUACCAUGACAACUGUGGGGUAUGGUGAUAUGGCUCCGAAGACUUAUGUGGGAAUGUUUGUUGGUGCCUUGUGUGCUUUGGCUGGUGUGCUGACGAUAGCCUUACCCGUACCGGUCAUUGUGUCUAACUUUGCAAUGUACUACUCACAUACGCAAGCAAGAGCGAAGCUGCCUAAGAAACGCAGGCGAGUCAUCAAUGUUGAGCCUGCAAGACCUCCGAUGCGCACUCCAGGGGCUCCUGGAGCUCCCGGGGCCGGACCUUUACCACCAGGGAUGGCUCCGCAAGCAAUAAAUCGUAGGAUGAACGCAAUUAAAACAAACCAUCCCAAAGAUAUGAUGGGACCUAAUAUGGUCGCCACACUGAUGCCAGGGAUAGAUUUAGCCCUAACAACUCGUCUAACUCCAAGUCCUCGAGACAUGAGCCCUGCUUUAGCUAUUGCGCUGCCGAUGAUGAAAUCCGUCAACAUAGUACCAACACAAUGCUUCGACAAUAUGGGUUUUCACGAAGAAAAGAUAGAAAACAAACAAAUAGACAGCGUAAAAAGUAGCAAAGUAUCGAGUAGACAAGAAUCUAUUGAAAGCGAUAACACAGUGAGAGUGAACAAUUAUAAAAAUGAAAGGUAUAUAAGCAAAGAUGAAGAAAAAAUUGAUGCAAGAACACCAUUACUACGAGACCAUAAAAUCGAAUCAUUAGAUGAAACUAAAUUGCGCGAGAAUAAAGUAGAAAAAAGAAAGUCUUCUGCUUCUACAUAACAAGAACUAAUCAAUAAACUAUACCUUAUUACCGUUAAAGUAAAAUAUGAAAUCGACGAGACCAAUAGUAAACUAAGGAUUUCGUACCAUUUCAAUAUCCUAAGCCACUAAUACCUGAAGCAUUUGCCUGUAAUGUAAUAGUCCAAGUUUUUAUUAUGAGCAUUAUAUU